UAUAAUUUGUAUGGGGAGGCAGUAAUAAAAGCCUGCAUUGAAGCUGGAACUCAUCACAUAGACCUCAGUGCUGAAACAAAGACAAUAGUAGGGGAGANCGUUUUUUCUUUCCAGUAUAAUUUGUAUGGGGAGGCAGUAAUAAAAGCCUGCAUUGAAGCUGGAACUCAUCACAUAGACCUCAGUGCUGAAACAAAGUAUUUAGAAGAAACGCAAACGCAAUACUUUCAAGCUGCUCGAGAAAAAAAUGUAUACAUUGUGCUAGCUUGUGGAAUGGGAUUUCUUAUUGAUGAUUAUGGAAUUAGUGCCUUAAAGAAACAUUUCCCUGGGGAUUUGAAUGCUGUGGAAUAUUUUGAAACUUUAAAAAUAGGACCUGACGUAAGUAAAAAUCUUUUUUGAUAUUUUGUGCAAACU